UCAUUGUAAUCGAGAUCGUCGGUACAAAAAGAGGGAAGUCGAAAUUUGUGUUGUGGUUUUUGUUUCUUACAUUCAAAAUAUUAUGCCUAAAUAGGUGCCGCGAGAUUUUUAUUAUUUUUCUCUCUCUAUUUAUUUGAGUUGUUUGGUGCUGUGUGCGGUUUAUUUGUGCGACCAAUUUUUCAUUAAUAUUAAUAAAAAACAAAUCUUUUGUGUUUAAUUUGGUUGCGUUAAUUUUGUGGAAAUAUUUUGUUUUUAUUUCUCAAAUGGUGUUGCCGAUCCAUUGAAAACAAUUUUUAUUAAUUAAACGAUUUUGCUGCUAGAAUUUUACACAAUGGAAGUACAUUAUUUUCGACGAUUCAUUUGCGCCUGGAUGGUAAUUCAUGCAGCUUUGGCCACAGCAGUCAACGUUCAACCUCUAGAAUCAUCACCGAAACCUGCCACAGAGAAUCUCAGCAGACAGGCUAGAGACAGCCGUUACUACAGAGAUGAACGACCAUCUGGACGGUGUAUAACAUGUGCCUAUGCCUACGAUAAAGGAGGCGACAGAUACAAUGACAGAGAUCGUGAUAGGUAUUAUAACCCGAAUAACUAUUAUUACAGACCUGGUUCUAAUCGCGGCUAUGGUCAAUCCAGCCGUGGUGGUUAUGAAGACAGGAAUUGGUAUUAUCAACCAGAUCUGUAUGAAGAUCGUAAUCGGUAUGGUGGUGCGGGCUAUUUUGAUAACAGAUAUGACGAUCGGUAUGGUCAGAAUCGAUACGACGAUCGCUACUACAAUGUCAGGCCAUUAGGACCAUCAAGCCAAUAUGAUCGGUACGAUGUGCAAUAUGGUGGUAAUUAUCGUGGUAAUGGAUACGACAAUACCGAUCCAAAUUACUACUACGAGCAAUCGCGACGUGAUCCGUAUGGAGGGCGAGAGAGACCAUAUGGUGGAUACGAUCGGUACGACACGAGAGGCAGUAAUCGAGAUUCCGGUUAUGACGGCUAUCGUCAAGGAUAUCGCGGUGGUGGAAGCGUUGGCAUUGGAUAUGAUCAACGCAAUUUCAGGCCUUGGGAUGAGAGUUACAGAGGAACAUCUGGUUUCGAUAAUUCUGGCCGAGGAUAUUAUUUUGCAAACAAACAAGCACAAUCACCGCACUCGCAACCGCCACCACAACCAUUCAGACCAUCUUACACUCCUACACAAAAUCCACCAACACAACACAACAAUCCUAACAAUCAUCCAUAUGAAAGUAGUUCAUCAUCCGGCAACAAAGGAUCGGGCAAUAGUCAUAAUGGCACCGGUGGAAAUAGUGGUGCUGGCAAUCGUGGUGACGAUACAUCGAAUGGCUAUGCAAAUAACGAUAGAAACAAUGGGCAAAACUAUCGUAAGGAUCCAGAUACUCAGAGCGCUCCGUACGGCUCAUAUGAACGGCCUUUGAGAGGCAGCUACUUGUUCGAACGAGACAGUGAUUCAUCAGCAAGUGAAACCACCGAUUCAAAGGCUCCAGAAACCAAAUCGACAGUAAUCGACGGCGAAACGAAGCAAUAAACAACCACGUGACCAAAAAACACCAAAACCACUUAACAUUUUUGUGAAAAAUUUGCAUUUUUAGUACGGGAUAUUUUUAAUGUCAUUUUUCUUUUGAAAUGUGGGCGCAAUUCUAAUUUAAGGCAAUAAAUUUAAAUGAUUUGAAGCGUU